AGUUGAAUUAAUUUUGAAAAUGUUGACUUGGCUGCAAAAGAAAAAGUCGUAAUCCAACUGAAAAGUGAAAAUUCCCUAAUAAAUACCUUUCCUUUUACUUAUUUCGGAACUGGUAAGUUUAGGCGGGGGACGAGUAACGGCGUUUUUGUUGCAUCUCUUUCUUUGUUGUGUUUAGUAUUGUGUUUGUCUCCUUGGCCAAGACAAGCGUAACGGCGUAUCCAAUCACGCUUUGGAGUCAACGAGUUCUAAGCUCAGAAACUGACUUUGAUUGCGCGAAAUCUUCAGUUUCCUUUCUGGAGAAAUUUUGAGAAAAAAAUCACUCCAAAAAAGGGGGGACAAUAUAAUUAGUAUAAAUCGAGAAAACCAAAGCAAAAUGAAGAUGGCGAUGGCUGGUUUGUAUAAACGAGUUCUUCCUUCACCUCCAGCCGUCGAUUUCGCUUCCUCUGAUGGAAAGCAACUUUUCAUCGAAGCGAUUCAAAAUGGGACGAUGGAAGGAUUUUAUAGGUUGAUAUCUUACUUUCAGACACAAUCGGAGCCAGCUUACUGUGGAUUAGCCAGUCUUUCCAUGGUCUUGAAUGCCCUUGCUAUUGACCCUGGAAGAAAAUGGAAGGGACCUUGGAGGUGGUUCGAUGAAUCUAUGCUCGACUGUUGUGAGCCUUUGGAAAAGGUUAAAGAGAAAGGGAUAUCAUUUGGGAAACUUGUGUGCCUGGCUCAUUGUGCUGGAGCAAAAGUUCAAGCUUUCCGCACAAAUCAAAGCUCCUUGGAUGACUUCCGUAAAUUUGUUGUUAGAUGUUCCACUUCUGAUGAUUGUCAUAUAAUUUCAUCAUAUCAUAGGGCAACUUUUAAACAGACAGGGACUGGUCAUUUUUCUCCUAUUGGUGGUUAUCAUGCUGGAAGAGACAUGGCCCUGAUUUUAGAUGUUGCUCGGUUUAAGUAUCCUCCUCAUUGGGUUCCUCUGAGACUGCUUUGGGAAGCCAUGGAAAGUGUUGAUGAAGCAACGAGGCAAUGUAGAGGGUUCUUGCUUAUUUCCAGGCCUCAUAGAGAUCCAGGCUUACUUUACACCCUGAGCUGUAAGCAUGAAAGCUGGGUCAAAGUUGCAAAGUAUUUAAUGGAUGAUGUUCCUAAUCUUGUAAAGACGGAUGAUGUGAAAGAUGUUCAUAAAGUUCUCUCAGUUGUUUUCUCAUCACUCCCAUCUCAUUUUGGAGAGUUCAUCAAGUGGAUUGCAGAAGUUAGGAGAAGAGAAGAUGGUAGUCAAAAUCUUAGCCUAGAGGAGAAUGGAAGGCUUUCUUUAAAGGAAGAGGUGUUGAAACAAGUGCAGGAAACUGGCCUUUUUAAGCAUGUUGUAGCAUUUUUAUCGUCACUGACUCUAUGCUGCAGAAAUGCACCCACUUUAAGUAAUGAAAAUAACCUGCCUGACAUUGCUGCGACAGUUUGUUGCCAUGGUGCAGAACUUUUGUCUGGGACGUUUGGUUCUUCAGAGAGGUAUUGCUGUCAGGAAACAUGUAUUAGACGCUUGAGGGCUAAUGGUGACAAGCCUAUUACAUUGGUGUCUGGGACAGUGGUAAAUGGUAGCUCUGAGCAGGGUGUUGACGUGCUGGUUCCUUCAUGCCCAACUAAACUGAACUGUUGUGGCUCUGGCCCAAGUAAUUGCAAUGGGAUUUACCCAGCUGGAAAUGAUGUUCUCACAGCUCUUUUGCUGGCAUUGCCUCCAGAAACAUGGCGCGGUAUCAAAGAUGAGAAGCUUUUGAAUGAAAUGUAUUCUCUUGUCUCGACUGAGAAUCUUCCCAUUUUGCUCCAGGAAGAGGUAUUGCACCUACGACGGCAGCUACAUCUUCUGAAGAAAUGCCAGGAGAAUAAGGUAGAUGAGGAUCUAGGUGAACCUUUAUGUUAGCAUGUUACACCAUCUUCCCCUCUCUUGAUCUCCUCUUCUCAUUAUUUUCCAAUUGCUUUAUGUUGUUAACAAAAAAGGGUAAAUAUUAGUGUGUUCCAAGAACGUGAAAACCUAAGAUAGCACGCAAGACAUUUUUCCCCCAUUUCAGUUGUGGGGGUAAUCAUUUUUAUGGGGAGUUUGUUUCCAUUGCAAAGUGGGGAAGAAUUGACAUUCGGAGGCUGUAACCUCUCCCAUGGCAGUGAGGACCAAUGGAUGGUAUCCCCUCGGCCUUGCAGGCGAGGUUUUAGUUGAAACUGAACCGAUUUCUAUAUCCUGUACUAACUACUAAGUCCUAACUAAUUUGGUUGAAAACUCUUUUAAUCAUUACAAGUGCACUCUGUAACCUAAACUAAAUUUUGUUUGUAUUUGAGUACUAAACUUUGAUUGCAUUGGAAAAGAAAA